AUGAAUCAACCAAGGAAUUUCCGUUGCAAAAAUUUUCAAUCGAUGGAAUCAUCAGAGAGCGAAGAUGUUAGUGAAACCACAACUAGAGCAUCGACCGCCGAAUCUAGCAGUCAGAUAGGACCAAAACCGUUGUUCAAUGAAAUGGAAAGCGGGAUGAUAAACAUCAUAAUCGAGGAAGCGACGUACAAGCUGAUAGUCAUCAAUCGAGACGGUGACAAAACGAGUGCCCCCAUCGUUAGAAAACCACCCAUGCACGUGCGUUUCGAUCCUUCCUACAAAAAUCAACUGCUGAGUGAAAAUUUGGUUGUCGAUGUGGCUAUGGGGAAAAUGAUUUUAGUGAAACUCCAGAACGACGUAUCCAACUUACGAAAACUGCUCUCGGAUACGCACACGGAGAUGGCUGAAUUCGGUACGUUCGAAACGCUGCAAACGUUCAUGGAUAACGAUAUCCAAAGCGAACAAGAGGAAGUGAUUUUGAUACGAGACAGCAUUCUGAACGAAAAAAAGCUGAAAGUAUUGCAAACGCAACUCGAGGGCGUCAACAGAGAGUGCAAAAAUGUCCUGAAGCAGCUCGACGACGAGAUCUUCGAUUUGGAGACGAAGGCGAAAGAUGCUCGAAUCGAGAAUGAACUGAAAACCAAGCUCGUAGAGCAGUGGGAACGCACGCGGCACGAGCAAGCUCGUAUCAUCAUCCAGGGUAAGGAAAACGAGCUCGUGCAAGCUGCCACACAAACGAAGGCCAACAUUGAGCGGGAAUUGCGGUUGAAAAGCGAAAUUGAUGUGUACAUCAACUAUUGCAUCGAUCAGAUCAGUGAAAAGAUCGCCUUCUGGACUGAUAAGUAUCAGCGUGAAAUAAAAGCGCUGGACGCGCAGAUAGCCGAGCACAAGGACAGGAUCGUAAACUUGAAGGUGCAGUUUGAGGAAAUGACCAUCCUGUUUAAGCACCGUGAAAAGGAUCUGAAAAUCUGCGCGGAAUUCAUGAAGGAGCGAGAGCAGCAGCUUGCACUGGCGAACAAGCAGAUGCGUUCCGCGAUCAAGAUUCAAGCCUGGUGGAGGGGUACGAUGGUUCGCAAAGGGUUGGGACAGUUUAAGCGUAAGAAAAAACAGAAACCACCGAAAGCCCCCAAAAAAGGUAAAAAGGGGAAGUAAGGCUAAGGUGCGUUAUACGAUCGCCAUAGUACGGUUCCGAGUUCAGAUCGAGUUUGUGCACUAUUUACUUUAAGUAGUUGAUGCUGAACAUU